CCGGGUAUGUGAUAAUGGUGAUGGGGCUUGCAAGGUAGUUGGUAUGAAACCGGAAAGGAGGGGAAUUCCCCAGCCAACAACUGAAGUCCAGACUUCUUAAAGCUGUCUAUGUUGAGAAUCUCUGGGUUGGAAGGAGAAAUCAAAAGCUCAUGGAUUUCACCACGGGGAUCCUUCUUCCGCUGUUUUUCGGUGGCGCAGGGAUCUUCGCUAUCUUGCAAUUGGUCAGAAGAUUCCAGGCAAGGGCCUAUCUGAAAGAUGCAAUAGUGGUGAUCACCGGGGCCACUUCGGGAUUGGGGAAAGAAUGCGCCAAAGCUUUCCACGCGGCGGGAUCCCAAUUGGUGCUGUGCGGCCGAAGUCGAGAGAGGCUUCAGGAUGUUCUCCAGGAAUUAUCUGCUGCCGCUGCCGCCCUCAAAAACGACCACAAACAUCACAUUGUGGUUUUUGAUCUCUCGGAUAUCAAAACGGUCGUGAAUGCCGCGAAGGAGAUUUUAAGCUGCGUGGAUCAUGUGGAUAUUUUAAUUAACAACGCCGGGAUCAGCUACCGGGGCACCAUAGCAGAGACCGUGAUAGAGGUGGACCGGAAAGUGAUGGAAACCAAUUAUUUUGGUCCUGUCGCUUUGACAAAAGCCCUCCUGCCCGCCAUGAUGAAGAGGAGGAAAGGCCACAUCGUAACCAUCAGCAGCGUGCAGGGCAAAAUCAGCAUUCCUUUCCGCUCGGCGUAUGCGGCCUCCAAGCACGCAACUCAAGCCUUUUUUGACUGUUUGCGAGCCGAAGUGGCGCGAUUCAACAUCGAAGUGACGGUUGUGUGUCCUGGGUACAUCCAGACCAACCUUUCGCUCAACGCCGUCACAUCAGACGGAUCCCAGUAUGGAGUGAUGGACAAGACCAUCAGUGAAGGCAAGGCAGCCGCGGAUGUGGCUCGGGUGGUCCUCAACGCCGUGGGGGAGAAGCGAAAGGAAGUCUUGGUGACCGGUGUCCUGCCCGCGCUGGCGCUCUACCUCCGACCGCUCUGCCCCUCCCUCUUCUUCAUCCUCAUGGCCAGGAGAGCCGGCAAGGAGAAGAAAGAGAAGGACUCCUAGCCCGCCCGCCCGCCCCCCAUAGACUUCGCCACAUCAAAAGUGUGGACCGAAGCUGCUAGGCCUUGUAUCUUACACCGGUGGAGAACAGCAAGAGCUCAACGUUUCGUCCUUCACUGCGCUAAGAGGCGAAUUUUUGUCUGGGGAAAGGAAGCAUUCGCCCACAGAAAGCUUUCAGGGUCCUGUGAAGCAUUUUCUGUAUAUACUGUAUUUUGCGGACUUUAAGACGCACUGGAG